UUUGGAUAAGUUCGUGUGGCGCCAUUUUUUGCAUUUAAAUUUAACCUUAUCAUUUUUGUCAUCUUGUAUUUUUAAUACAUGAAAUGGAAUACAAUAUUUAUUCAAUUUAGAAGUUACCUGCUAUUUUCUUAAAGGUAGAAGUAUUGGAUGUCACCUUGGAAAGAUCGGGAAUAAACAAAGUUCAGUUAUUACAUCUUGUCUAUCAUGUCGAGUUCUGCAGCAGUGAAACAGAGACGACGUGAGUCAGAUGCGAAAUGGCGCGCAAAUAUAGCAAACUGCUACAAUAGCCUGAAGAAUAUUGUACUGAUGAAUAAGACACCUGUGAGGAAGAAGGUGUCAAAAGCACUGAUUCUUCAAGAAACUGAAAACCAUAGAAAUUUCUUAGAAGAUCUGCUGGAGAGUCUACUCUGUGAAAAAGCGAAAGUUUUGGGAUUGAAAAAGAUUCCACCUGAAGAUUCCUUGACUGCUGUUAAAGCCAGAUUCAUAGAAGAAAACUCCAAAUACAUCCCAAAGAGGCCAUACACCAGAAGAAUCUUGAAGCCAGAUAUAACUCUGGAUUCCCCACUUUCUGCAGGGAAGAAACAAUUAACAGCCAAACACAGACAGGGGAUCAAUGAGAGACUAAACAAGGUUGCCACUAGGAGGAAAUCUCAACUUGCUAAAAAUGUCAACAAAUCAAGUGGUUAUUCUUUUAAAACAAAGGUGGUCCAAGAGAAACGUAGCAGGCCCCCCUGUCCUCCACUUCCACAACCCACUCAGACAAUAACCUACAAUGUGAGGCCAGCUGUAAAGGGCAGACCACCUAAGCCAACCAGUUUAUUCAACACCCGACUGAAAGAAGCAAGCGCAAGCAAGUCCCCAAUUGUGACGUGUGUACUAACAGGCAAUGAUAAACCAGGGUUACAUUUCAGGGUGUCUAGUCAACCUGUCUCGGGGCCCUCGCCUGUAAAACUGUCUCAUGUGUUAACACCAACGAAAGCAGUUAAUGAUGUACAACUAAACCAUUCCACACCAUCCCAAGCAGCAUCAAACCAAGUUGAAGAUCUCUUGUUGUGUACAGAAUCUCUUGAUGAUUUGGAAGACUGGGACAAGAGCCUAGAGCAGACCCCACGAACUAGCACAGCAAGACCCAGUGGGAGGAAACGUGUCAGGCGCCAUCUAUACAGCUCAGAGUUUAGCAAUGAUGCCAUGAGCAAGAAGGAGAACUGCAACCCAGAGAGGCAGUUCAAUGUAUAUGACAAUGUGGCACCGAUCUCCCUCUCCCCCUCACCUAGAUGUCGUAGGAGGCUGGACCAGCUGUAUGACCAAAUAACGCAAGAUGGAGAAAUAGAACCUGAUAGAGUGUCUCCUUCCUCUGAUCAAAGUUGCCAAGAUUUUGAUGGAUAUCUGCAAUUUUACAAAGACAUGGUGGCAGACAUAGAUGGCGCCACAGGGCUGACAAACGUCACUGUCACGUUAUCUGAAAUCUGGGGCUCCAUGUCUGAGAAUGAACGAGACAUGUACAGAGAGAGGGCUCACCAGUCCCUAGGAGACCAACAUGUUUCUAAUAACCUCAAAGAUCCCUAUCUACCACUACUAGAGAAGGAAGAAGGUCUCUUAGAAGAUUGCUCAUCUUUCUUAUUGAAUGAGGCAUCAUGUUUUGCAUCCCCAUCAUUUGACCUUACUCUGCCUGAUGACCCUCAGCUAUGGCAACUUACAGACCUCAACGCGACUGAUGAGAUGGCGAUUCUGAGUGAGCACACCGGACGAUAUGCCCUGGAUGAUCUUUCUUCAGAGGUGCCCAAUUGUGAGCCAACAGAAGAUAUACAUUUAGGGGAAGUCCAGGAGGUUCCAACUCUGGAGGCGAUAGUAACUGAUCAAGGUACUCCUGAUAAGGGUAUUGUGGUCGGGAAUGAUGCAUUCUUUGGUGUACUUGAUGGAGAUGACACUCUGCCAUAUGGAUUAUUUUAGACCUCAGAUGACACUCUGCCAUAUGGAUUAUUUUAGACCUUAGAUGACACUCUGCCAUAUUGAUUAUUUUAGACCUUAGAUGACAAUCUGCCAUAUGGAUUAUUUUAGACCUCAGAUGACACUCUGCCAUAUGGAUUAUUUUAGACAUUAAAUGUCACU